GCAGGAAAGUUUUGUCAUGAUGAACCAUCAGUUCACAUCCGUAAGCCACAACUAAAGGAGUCUGUGAAAAGAGUUGCGCAGAAGACCUUGAAAUAGAAGUCAGGCCUUCCUCUGCAUUGGAAGCAUAUAGGACGUGUGAGACCGUGUACAGCUAAUGUGUUAGCCAGGACUUGAAAGAAGCAUAUGGCACCUAUAAAGUUAAAUGCCACUCCUUGUUGCCACUUGGACCUUCUGCUUGAGACCUGCAUGUGACUUUCCACCUGUGAUCUUGGCUUCUCCUAUCUACUGACUUUGAUUACAGAAAAGUCUCUGAAGAUUCGUAUCAAAUGACGUCAAUGGCCAGCUUGUUUUCUUUCACUAGUCCAGCAGUGAAGCGGUUGUUGGGCUGGAAACAAGGUGAUGAGGAAGAAAAAUGGGCAGAAAAGGCAGUCGAUGCUUUAGUGAAAAAGCUGAAGAAGAAGAAGGGCGCCAUGGAGGAGUUGGAGAAAGCCUUGAGUAGCCCAGGACAGCCAAGCAAAUGUGUCACUAUUCCCAGGUCCUUGGACGGACGCCUGCAAGUUUCCCACAGAAAAGGCUUGCCCCAUGUUAUAUAUUGCCGUGUUUGGCGCUGGCCAGAUUUGCAGAGUCAUCAUGAGCUAAAGCCAUUGGAUAUUUGUGAGUUUCCUUUUGGAUCUAAGCAAAAGGAAGUCUGUAUCAAUCCAUACCACUAUAAGAGAGUGGAAAGUCCAGUCUUACCUCCAGUGUUAGUGCCUCGCCACAACGAAUUCAAUCCGCAGCAUAGCCUUCUGGUUCAGUUUAGGAACCUGAGCCACAAUGAACCGCACAUGCCACACAACGCCACGUUUCCGGAUUCCUUCCAGCAGCCCAACAGCACCCCUUUCCCCUUGUCUCCUAACAGCCCCUACCCCCCUUCCCCCGCCAGCAGCACGUACCCCAGCUCCCCAGCAAGCUCCGCACCAGGAAGCCCCUUUCAGCUCCCAGCUGAUACACCUCCUCCUGCCUAUAUGCCCCCCGAGGAUCAGAUGGGACAAGAUAACUCCCAACCCAUGGACACAAGCAGUGCCGUCAUUCCUCAGAUCAUGCCCAGCAUAUCCAGCAGAGAUGUUCAGCCUGUUGCCUAUGAAGAGCCCAAACACUGGUGUUCAAUUGUCUACUAUGAACUGAACAACCGUGUAGGGGAAGCUUUCCAUGCAUCUUCUACUAGUGUGUUAGUAGAUGGAUUCACAGACCCUUCGAAUAACAAAAGUCGAUUCUGCUUGGGAUUGCUGUCAAAUGUGAACCGUAAUUCAACCAUUGAAAACACUAGGCGGCAUAUUGGAAAAGGUGUUCAUCUGUACUAUGUUGGUGGGGAGGUGUAUGCCGAGUGUCUUAGUGACAGCAGCAUCUUUGUUCAGAGUAGAAAUUGCAACUUCCACCACGGCUUCCACCCCACCACUGUCUGUAAGAUUCCCAGCAGCUGCAGCCUCAAGAUUUUUAACAAUCAGGAAUUUGCCCAGCUUCUGGCUCAGUCUGUUAACCAUGGAUUUGAGGCCGUGUAUGAGCUCACCAAGAUGUGCACCAUUCGAAUGAGUUUUGUCAAGGGCUGGGGAGCAGAGUACCAUCGACAGGAUGUUACUAGCACUCCAUGCUGGAUUGAGAUUCACCUCCAUGGGCCUCUUCAGUGGCUGGAUAAAGUUCUUACUCAGAUGGGCUCUCCUCUAAACCCCAUUUCUUCUGUUUCAUAGUGCAGAAGUCUUCUUUCCAACUAUAUUUUUACUGGACUUGUUUUAAUUUUAGAAGAAUUUCCAGUACAGAUGCUGUGAGCUGACAUGGAAAAACAGAUAUUAUUGCUUAUUUUUUCUACAUAAUUGUGACCAACACAUUUGUAUUUUGUGAUGAAUUUACAUUUGUUUGUAUUCAUGUUCAUUGUAACUUUCAAAAGUAUUGUAAACAAUGUAGAGUAUUUGCCCCCAUUGAGAAGUUUGGCAUUGAUGUUAAACUGGAACAUGCUUUUGUUUAUUGUCCCAACCGUUUUUUACAAAGCAGUGCACCACAUAAUGAAGAUUUUCCUGGAAGAGGGCAUAGAACAUGGAAAGUCCUAGGCGAUGAGUUUCUAGUCAGGUCUUUGUCCUGCCACCUUUGAGAAAGCAUAGUACAUUGUUUUGCAAAGACAUGGUAGGAGCUUAAGGGAAACUAUUGAAUCUCUAUUUGAAGGAUACUGUGCACUCCUGAUGUGUUUGGUGAAAGCAAGAUGUUGGAUCUCUAGAUGUCAUAAUUGACAUUUGGUGUAGCUGGUGUUUGUCAGUGUAAUGUGACUCUGUGCUAUAUAUCAUUUGUAAAACAUUUCCUUUUUAAAAAUGUCUAUUAUCUGUCAUUUACUCAAGUUUGUCAUAAGUUUUAUUGAACAGUUCAAUGUGUACAUGGCCUUGUUCAGCUGUGUUUGCUGCUUUGGGCCAAUGUUUCAAGAACUCUAAUUUUAAUGUGCAUUAACCUUUUCAUUUUGCACUUUUAUAGGUGACAGUUUUAGUGUAACCUCUGCUAGAACAGUCAGGUGACCUGAUCUUAGCUCUUCUUCCCUUUACUUCCUUGGCACUCCUUUGUAUCAGCACUGCCAUUUAGAGAUUCCAGUUGUGCGGCAUGAUGCUUUUCCUACCUUUUAUCUUUUAAUCUAAUGUAUGAAGUUGUUAUUCUGUAGCUCCAACUAAGGUGCCUGUUAAUUCUCUACAAUUUUAUGGGUGUUAUUAAUGUUGAAAGAUCAUAUACUUAAUACUAUUGCUCUUACACCAGACUCUGCAUACAAGGACCUGCAGUGAGCCCUCAGGCUCUUGGGUGGGUCCCGAGGAUGAGGCUGCUGGUGUGCUGGUGACUGAGUCAUCAGUGGGGGUUGGGGUAGUGCAUUUUUAACGUCAUGUAACAAGGAAUGUAGACUUGUCUCUCUCAUCAUCAAUACUCUGCCUUUUUCUUUAUUCUUUUAGAACUUACCUUGAUGCUAGUCUCCAGAAUACCAUCUUGGAUGUCAAUGCUCUAAGACACCCAUUUACUUCACUGUGCCUUUGGCCUUAGGGAACAGUCAGACAGACAGUUUCGGCCUGAGAAUGAAGACACUACUUUGAUAAAGAAAAAAAUGACUUAAUUUCCCUAUCAGAACGAGAAGCUUGAUUUCCUGGUGCCGCUUUUUUUGCUGCUGAAAAUGUUAUUUUGACUUUUUAUAGUGCCCUUCCUGACGUUAUAAGGAAAAAAGCUUGUUGGGGUUGGGGAUGGGGGAGGCCUGAGUCCCUUUGUUUUCUGUGUCAUUAUUUAUUGCCUUUCAGAGUGAAGCUAUUGGGUGGCUUCAUUCCUUCCGAGAAAUGCUUUGUUGGGCCUUCAGUAGCUUGCGCCUUCAUGGCGCAGUCUUUAGAGCAAGUUUGCAGGUCUCAGGUUGAAUGACAGGUACCUGUCAGUGAGCUCUGCUGAAGUCUGGAAACAAGUGCCUUGCUAGUUCCUUUUUUCGACAGUGAGUUGGUUAUGUUGUUUCUCCACAGUCCUGUCACAGCCCUUCAGGUCGCAGGGUUCUGUGUGAAUGGUAGGACUGAAGCUCUUAGCUGUACAGACUUUCAUGGAGAAGUCCAAACCUAUUUCCUAAAAGUUGUCAACGUCUCAUCUGUGUCUGUAAAUGAAAAGUGCAGUCUGUCUGCCUGCUCCUGUAAUGUCUAAGGACAUACUUAUGUCUGUGGGUAGGAAAAAAAAGUGCGCAAAGCAAGUGCAGAACUCUGACCUGCAAGAAGCAGUUCUUGUAAAGAAGCCGUUCGUAAGGGUGUGGCUCGAGCUUGGUAUUUGGAAGGAAUGGCUGCCGUCAGAGCCAGAGCAGCAGCCCUGCAGCCCGACUGUGCUGAGGGUGACCUUGAGCUUCUGAUCCUUCUGUGUCUACCUCCUAAGUGCUGGGACGACAGAGAACCACUUUUGUGCCCGUCUCUGUGGUGUUGAGGAUCAGAUUCAGGACUUCAUGCUAGGUGAGUGCUCUACCAACUGAGUGACAUCUCGAGUUCAGUGACCACAUUUUUAGUGUGCAAAAUAUAUUAAUAUAUGCCAGAUAAAAUGAUAGAUUUGCAAAUAAUGAAAAUUGCCAUCAGUUUGGUGAAUUCUGCAAAUGGUAGAAUGAAAAUCUCAGUUAUGGAAUACAGCAACAAGAUGCAUCUAGAAAAAAGCAUGGUCCGAGGCGGCCAUUUGACUGGUCUGUCUACAGGGUAGCAUGAUGGCCUGGCUGUUGAUACCAGACUAAACCUACGGCCUGUAAGUAGGCAUGCUGUUGGCCGUCCAGAGUGACUACUCUGCUUUAGAGAAAUUGUAGGAAGAAAUCAGUUUUAAAAUCACAAACAAAUAGAACAGAAUAUGAAUCUUUUUCUGUGUUAUUUCAUGGUUGGUAUAUGAAAAGUGGUCAUAGAAGUAUCUGGAUUGCUAACGUGAAACCAGUAUUAAGAUUGCUAGAUACACACUUCAGGCAGCUACACUAAUAAUGCAGAUAGGGAAUGUGCCGGUGUUGAUGACGUGUGGACACCCUUGGGGGUGUACGUGGCAGUGACAUUGCAUACAGGAUGUACUGUCGAAGUGGGCACUGGGACUGCCUGCGAGGACCUGCACGACAUUCCCGUCCCUGGCCAGUAGUGCCCUUGUGAGGAGAGACACCUCAUGAAACCGAGUUGGGGGUGUGGUGUGCCCGUGUUGUCGAGAGCAUCGCGGUGGCACAGGCCCUGUCCUCACGCCUUUUCUAGUCAUCUCUCCGGAGCACUUGGGUCGUCUUCCUCUUCUCACUUCAAGUUUUGUCUCUUUUUGAUUCCUGAAGAUGAAAUACUCUUAAAAAUUACUGGUUUUUAAAAAUUGAUUUCUUUCGGUUUUUGUUGUUUUGAGACACAGUCUCUCUAUAUAGCCCUGGCUAACAUGGAAAUUACUGUGUAGUCUAGCCUCAAACUUGAAGUAAUUCUCUUGCCUCUGCAGUUCUGGGGUUACAGGCGCAUGGCCCGGUACAGUGACCUCUGAUGGUUUUUAGAGUUCAGCCUCUGGUGAUGGUGCACAUUUAUCUUUAAAGUGCUCUGAACCCCUUCUUUGUCUGCCAGGUAAAUCCUCUGCUGUCAGGGGUCUCAGUAAAAAGUAUGUUCUCAGUAUACACACAGCUAAAUAAGCAGGCAGCUUUUAAUGUAGGUCACCUGUGGUUUUAGAAGCAUUUCAUGAUCUUAGGGGAGGGGAUUUUCCUAAGCAGUGGUUUGUAGGGGCCCUGAUACUAAGGAGAAUAACCUUUUGAAGGUAAUCUCCAGUGUGUGACUGUUUCCUCACAGCAGUAGGGGUGCCAGUUCUUAGAAGUCUUGUUUAAUAAGAUGCAUGUAUAGGAAGUGAGCAUUGAAGGUAUUUGUUCUGCACUAACAGUUUUCUGUCAGAUGGACGGGCACUUGAACAGUUCUGUAGACUCUGUUGGCCUGCAGUGGAGUGUGUGCUGAUAAUGGCCAGCAGUGGUUAGCAGUGUCUGUCAGCAGCCCUCGUGUUGCUGGCUCAUUUCCUGCUUAGGGCUGGCCUCAGUGGUGGAGCACUUCCCUGGCAGGCUAAAGCCCUGUGUUUAGUCCCCAGCACUGCAUAAACCAAACCAAACAGCUCUCAGAUGCACCAGUACUGUAACUGAAGAGACCACCCACAACUGGAUAGUGUCAGAACCAAGGACAACAGAGUCUUAGCGACAUCCUAAAAAGUGAGAAUCCAUGUUAAACACUUAGCCGGUGACCGUUGCUGCUCAAUGAUGACCUCGUCCCUGCCAGGAUCCAGUGCUGGAGCAUUGGACCUCAGAAGAGGAGUUUGUGUCCUUGUCCAGGUGAAAAUCAGCAUAAACAGUUACCAUUUAAGGAUUUAUUUGAAGUCGCUCUUCUUAAAAAUCCCCGAAUUUUGUGUGCAGGUGGGACACUGCUGACUCCCGCCCCGCUGUGGGUCCUGUUUGUUACUGUGAACUGGUGUUAGCCAUAACUGCACUCCAGUUAGGCCAAAGAAUCAGUCCUAAGUUCUUUUGAAAGGAUUUUUAGAGUCAGCUGUCCUCUUCUGAAACCAUUGGCGAUACUGCUGCUUUUGGCAUUCUCGUAUGGAGCUAAAGUAUAGGGAUCAUAAGUAAUGAUUGUUGGGCCGUGGCACUUUAGCAUGCCUGGUUAACGUUGCAAUCUGAGUUUACUUACUCAAAUUUGGGUAGAAAUAUAGUCAUGGAGAAUGAAUGGCUUCUGUGUCCCUGCCUUCUCCGAGGAAGACAUCUCCCAUGUGGAUGGUGGAGAGCAAGAACCGACGGCUGCACUAUGGUCUGCUCGCCUGCACUGAUCCUGCUUCUCUUCAUGUCGUAGGAGACGAAACUAGCAGCAUGCUUCAACUCUGCUCCUUUUUAAUACUUACAAAAAUGUAUUAGGUUUUACUAUAUUGUGCUUCUCCAAGCCAUAACUCUUAAGCAAUUUGUUUUGCAUAUUGUUUGCUAAUACUUUAUUUUAAUAAACCUCAAAAUGUG